CGCCUGUUGUGACAGGGAAUUUUGGUGAGGGACCUCAGCCUCAGCGCUUGACCAGUUCCCAAACAGCUUCAGUUCUGUUGAUCGACUUUGUGGUGGCCAGUCUAAUACUUACUAGAAGCAAUGCGAAAUUAUUUGAAGGAACGGGGGGAUCAAACAGUCCUAAUUCUUCAUGCAAAAGUUGCACAGAAGUCAUAUGGAAAUGAAAAAAGGUUUUUUUGUCCACCACCUUGUGUAUACCUAAUGGGAAGUGGGUGGAAGAAAAAGAAAGAUCAAAUGGAAAGAGAUGGCUGCUCUGAACAGGAAUCUCAGCCAUGUGCAUUCAUUGGAAUUGGUAACAGUGACCAAGAAAUGCAACAGUUAAAUCUUGAAGGAAAGAAUUAUUGCACAGCCAAAACUUUGUACAUAUCUGACUCUGACAAAAGAAAGCACUUCAUGUUAUGUGUAAAAAUGUUUUAUGGUAAUAGUGAUGACAUUGGUGUGUUCUUCAGCAAAAGGAUUAAAGUAAUUUCCAAACCUUCCAAAAAGAAGCAGUCACUGAAAAAUGCAGACUUAUGUAUUGCAUCAGGUACAAAGGUGGCUUUGUUUAAUCGACUUCGCUCUCAAACAGUCAGUACGAGAUAUUUGCAUGUUGAAGGUGGAAACUUUCAUGCCAGCUCACAGCAGUGGGGAGCUUUUUACAUACAUCUCUUGGAUGAUGAAGAAUCUGAAGGAGAAGAAUUCACAGUACGAGAUGGUUACAUACACUAUGGACAAACAGUUAAACUUGUUUGUUCGGUUACUGGCAUGGCACUUCCCCGUUUGAUAAUUCGUAAAGUGGAUAAACAAACAGCAUUGUUAGAUGCAGAUGACCCUGUAUCUCAGCUUCAUAAGUGUGCUUUUUAUCUGAAGGAUACAGAAAGAAUGUACUUGUGCCUUUCUCAGGAGAGGAUAAUCCAAUUUCAGGCUACUCCAUGUCCAAAAGAACCAAACAAAGAGAUGAUAAAUGAUGGAGCCUCUUGGACAAUCAUUAGCACAGACAAGGCUGAAUACACCUUCUAUGAGGGAAUGGGCCCUGUACAUGCACCGGUUACUCCAGUGCCAGUUGUAGAAAGCUUACAGUUAAAUGGUGGUGGUGAUGUGGCAAUGCUGGAACUCACUGGGCAAAACUUUACUCCAAACCUCCGUGUCUGGUUUGGAGAUGUAGAAGCUGAAACAAUGUACAGGUGUGCUGAGAGCAUGCUGUGUGUUGUUCCAGAUAUCUCUGCAUUCCGUGAGGGAUGGAGAUGGGUGCGUCAACCAGUUCAGGUUCCUGUUACUUUGGUUCGAAAUGAUGGGAUUAUCUACUCCACCAGCCUUACUUUCACAUACACACCAGAGCCUGGUCCUCGACCGCACUGCAAUGCUGCAGGAGCCAUUCUUCGAGCAAACUCAAGCCUGAUGAUGACAUCUAAUGAAACCAGUUUAAAUAAUGAUGGAACUUAUGCAAAUGUCACAACAAAUCCUACCAAUGUCACAUCAUCAGCGGCAACGGUAGUAUCUUAACCUACAGACUGUCACAAAAGACUUCAAACUGACUAAGUGCUGCAAAAAGACAAAAAAUGAGCUGUAAUCUUCAAACCCAUUUUUUUGGAAUCAUGGCAUACCUGUUUGAUUUCCUCUUAUGGAAUGUUUGAACAGAUUACAUAAAAAGACUCAAGAUUCUUCGGCCAAGCAGAAAAAACUUUAUUAAAGAAAAGUCUAUUUUUCACAGUUUUUUUUUUUGUUUUGUUUUGUUUUGUUUGUAUUUUUGUUUGCCUUUUU